GAUCACUCAUCACUGGCUCCUCCCUGCAGCUGGUGAGCUCAGCCGAGCUGCUGCAGCCUCUUUCUCCAUCCCCUCCAGCCGCAGAGCCAUCCCAGGAGCUAGGCAACCGUGCGCUGCCUGCAGCAAGGACAGUCCAUUUCUCUGAUGCCUGCCCAUGUGUGGGGGCAAAGCCAAGCAACUCCCUGGACGCGACCCCGGCCUUUUGGCUGCUCUCCUCUUGAUGCUGGGGAGCCUUUUGGCACAGCCCAGAAGCCUUCCUGACAGCGAGGCUGAGCCUUCAAGGGCAUCAUCUCCUUGACUCCGCAUUGCUGAGACACUGGCUGACGGAGACCUGGCAGAGGGAGUUUGAGCUGGGUGUUCGGAGCAGCGUGCCUGUGGGGGCCUGUGACAAGCUGAGGAAUCCAGGUGCUGCCAGCUAGCACCAUGCUGUCCCCAAAGAAAGGUCUGCUGUGCAACCUCAACCACAUCCACCUGCAGCACAUCUCCCUGGGGCUGCACCUCUCCCGUCGACCCGAGCUCCAGGAGGGCCCUGUCACAAUGGCUCCGGGAGACCAGACAGGCUGCAACGACUGCCAGGAGAACUGUGGUGCCUUGGAGCAAGUCGAUGCCAACUCCAACAACACCUCCAUGCAGUGCCGGUGCUGCAAGUCCCACCCGCAACAGACCCCAACACUGGAUCUUCGGAACCAGCCUCUCCUGGAGGAUUUCCCUUCCCUGCACACUGAGGAGGAGGUGGCUUCCCCUUCAGACCUGGCUUCCUCCUCUGUCAGCAGCUGCUCUGAUUUCAGUUUGGAUGACACACCAGUCUCUGUUUACUGCAAGGCAUUCCCCAGUGAAGAGGCCCUAUCUCCUGACAAUCAGCCAAACAUCGUCCCCCUGGAGGAUGCCCAUGAUGCGCCCUCACUGACUGACAAAGGGGAACCAUCUGAUGGGAGAGAUGCUAACCUCAACCUCCAGGUACAAGAGCGACCAGAUCCUGGGGCCCGGGAGACGCCAGACAGCCUGUGCAGCAGCAGUUUGCUUGACUCCGCAUCUGAUGACGCUGACUCUCCCAGUGGGGGUGGGCAGGAGAACAUGGCAGAACCGCUCCCUACCAGCAUCUGUGCUGAGUUGGACUCCAACUGCAAUGCCCUGCCUGCCCUAAGAAUCCAACCGUGUGGUCUGUCUGCGCUAGCACCAGGAAAGUGGGUCCCCAGUCUGAACAGUUCAGUGAGGGCUCCCCCCCCAGUGCCCCCGAGGGCUAAGAGGGGUCUGCAGGUGCUGAACAGGAGUGGAGUGGAGAGGCCUGCCCCAACAGAGGUGCCCCCUGGAGACCAGUGCAGAGAUGCCACUUGGAAGAACAUCACCUCAUUCCAUGAGUUGGCUCAGAAGCGGAAGAGGAACAUGGCUGGGCCACCCACCCCACAGGCCAGGAAGGACCGAAGCGACUGGCUAAUUGUAUUCUCCCCUGACAAGGAGCUGCCACCCCCCAAUGAGCUCACCUGCUGCAGCACCCUGUGCCUGGAGCCACCUGGGCACCAGCUGCAGCCCGACGAGCAGGCAAAGCCCCCCAGCUGCAGCCAGAGGGAGGUGACCACGUUCAAGGAGCUCCGGUACCGCAGUGCCAUCAACAAGCAGAAGGGCCAGCUGGCCUGGGAGCCAGGGGACAGAGCAGCAUACCAGGAGCAGCCUGAGCCCCAGCAAGCAGCAAUGGGCAGAGACGUCUCCAGUGGCAGCAGCAGGCUCCAGGGCCCCGGCGGGGUGCUGGCUCCACAGCUGGAUGGGCACCUCCUGGCACUUAUGGAAAGCCACCAGACGAGGAGGCAGUCUCGGCCUGGGCUGCAGCCCAUCACAGAGGGGCUACCGGGUGAUGCAAAGGAAGGGGUGCGACCCCUGAAGGGCUACGUCCUGAGGAGAAAGAUGCCUGGGUCUGGCUGUGAUAAGGAGGCACUGGGCUGGAGGCUCGGGGGACCGGAGGGGGAUCUCUGGGUGUCGGGGAAGGCCCAGAGAGGACACAGAGCCUGCAAGGAGGUUGGCUCUCCCCUCUCUCGCUGCCCCAGGCCUCAGAUGCUGCCGUUCCAGCCUCUGCUCUUCCAUUUCUCGGCCGACGGGAAGCCUCUCUACUGCAGCGCAGACCCAGUGGCACCUCCCCUGCCCUUGAUCCCCUCCCUUAACUCCAGCUUGGAGAGCAUUGAGCUGAAGUCUCCUGCCCUCUUCACCUCGUCCUUUCGCCCCACGCUGAAGACCUUGUCCUGUGAUGAAGUCUGCCUCCUGGCCAGCAAUAAGGGGAGAGUCUUGGGUACCUUCUCCCCGGAGGAACUGCUCCCCAUCCGCCUGUCCCCCAUAGGGGCCUACUCCCCCCCACACCGGGAAGUGCUGCCUUUCCUGGACAGCUCAGACCUGUCUGUGCUCUUCUCCCCGCUCUUCCCACGAAGCAGAACCUUCCCAACUAUGGCCUUCCCCUCCCACCAGGUCCCAGAGCUGCCACUCGGCAUGGAGGUGUCCAGAGCCUGCUGCCCCAGGGGAGAGGCAUGUGCACACAGUCAGGCUGGAGCACGCUCUGGGGCAGCGUCUCCUGAGAGAAAGCAGAGCAGAGGGUCCAAGAAUCCAAGACCUCCCAAGCAACUCAGACAUUCUCAGUCCUUUGCUGGUGUUCCAGGGGCAGGCCAGCACUGGAUGGCAAAUACAGACAGAGCCUAUGACCAUCUGAGAGAGCAAAAGAAAGCCCUGCUGGUUGGCAUCAGCGGCUCCGUGGAGAAGCUCAUUGCUCACUUCAGCAUGGCGAGGAGCCUGGUGCAGAAGACACAGCUGGGCGACAGCUGGCUAAGCCCAGAUGUGAGCUACCUGCUGCUCAACACCCUGUGCCCGGCACUCUAUGCCCUGGUGGCAGAUGGCUUGAAGCCCUUCCAGAAGGACAUCAUCAUGGGCCAGAGGAGGAGCUCGCCCUGGAGCGUGGUGGAGGCCUCGGUCAAGCAGGGCCCCGGCACUCGGCCCCUGCACUCGCUGUACUGGCAGGUGUCCCAGCUGGCUCACCUCCGCAGCAGCAGGCAGAGGUUCCACGCCUUCAUACUUGGCCUUCUGAACAUAAAGCAGCUGGAACUGUGGCUCUCCCACCUGCAGAAGAGCUCAGAUGUCAUCUCUGUCUUCUACCUGCCCACGGCCUUCUUCUCCCUGAGCCACGGCCCCUGCCCGCACUUGGCCCAUGAGCUGUUGCUCCUCGUCCAGCCCCUCUCUGUGCUGACCUUUCACCUCGACCUGCUCUUCGAGCAUCACCACCUGCCCAUGGAUGUGCGGCCCCUGCCCCACAGGCCGGACUCUCCCCACAGCCACCCUCUUGGCCCUGCCCUGGUGGCUGCUCCCGCACAGGGCCGGGACCCUAGUGACCAGGCCGAGGGGGCUGAAAGUGGUGCUAGCCCAGAGCACCAGCUGCCCACCAAUGGCCCCAGGAAGGCAGCCCUGGUGGGCUCAGAGGAAAGUGCUAGAUCCCAGUACAGCGCAGCAGUCAUCAAAUCACCCCCCAGCAUCCCGGCAGGCGUCGCCCUGAAGCAGACAUUCCAGCAGGUGCUGCAGUGGGGGGAGCAGAUCACCCAGACGCUUCUGGGACCUGAGUGUCCUGCCGAGCCUGAGAAACGCCAGCAGCCUGUCCCACAGGACACAGGAGAGAGGCGGGGCAGCUGGUGGGAGCAGUUAAGCCAGACCUCCGAGGUCUACACCACGGCCACGAAGGAAAGGUUUCCCUUCGCCUGCUGGACAAAACUGCGGGUGGCUGCAGGGGACACCAGCUCCAGCCUCGCUGCUCCUCCCCACGGAUCCGGCCAGGCUUCCGCGAAUGAGUUCGGUGCUCGGGGAGGGGAGGGGGCCAGCGACACAGACCUGCAGCUCCUCAAGCCCAGAGCUGGGGAAGGUGGUGCUGAGGCUCCAGGUCCAACAUCCUCCAGCGAGGCAGGAAACUUGGAGGCUCCUCAUGCUGAAGAGCUGCCGCCGCAGGCCAGGACCAAGGGAUACGCAGGCCCCAGGGAGACUGAGCCACUGGAGCCCUCUGCCAGCAAGCCAUGCCUGCCCCCGUCCAAGGACCCGGCCCCUGAUGGGAGCCCAUUGGCCACGCCCAACCUGAACGUGGGCGGCUCCCCCAUCUGCCCUAUCUGGCUGGGCCGACUCUUUGGGGCCACGUGUCCGCCUGCCAGAGGCUUCCCCGCCUACUCUGACACCAGUGCAGCCAAGUCCAGGAGACCUUCCAGCUGGCUGCCCCCCAGUGUGAACGUUCUUGCCCUGGUUCUGAAGGGAGGGCCCUCUGAGAAGGCCUGGCCUCAGGAACAGCAAGAGAAGAAAGUGUCUGACUCGCCGCAGCUGCACAGGGUUGUGCGGGCGCUGUGUGACCACACCGGGGCUGGAGACGAUCACCUGAGCUUCAGUAGAGGGGACAUCCUGCAGCUCCUAGCCACAGUGGAUGAGGACUGGAUCCGCUGUUGCCAUGGAAACAACACCGGCCUAGUUCCUGUUGGCUACACGUCCCUGAUUUUAUGAGAGGGAAUCCCGCGUGGAGCAUCUGCCAACCCCAGGGCAAUGGCCGUGACCCUGUGAUUUCCCUAAGCAGCUUUGGGGGGCUAGUUCCAGGACACGCGUACAAAGGGUUCUCUAUUGUCAUUUCUCUGCAGUUUAGCAGCACCAAGCCGCAGGCUCUAGCCAAGAGAUGCAUCCUCACAGAAGUGCCAGAUGGCUCCCUGCCACCCAUGCUUCUCUGCAGCAGUACACAGUUAACUUAGUGCCCGCUCUGAGCCCUGUCCCUGCAUCGCAAUAGUCCUGCUGUGUCUUUUGUGUCUUGUCUCAACUGCUGUCCCUCUGCUCCUGUGCAGUAAUCACACUUGAGUGUGUACCUUUCCUGCUGCCUCCUGUCAGCCCAGCAUGCCCGAGUGCUGCGCCCCCCCCUCCCAACCCCGGCUAGGUUCUGCAGCACGCAGGCCCAGGCUGCAGCAGGGCAGUGGUUGGGCCCUUGGCUGGUGGGGGGGCUUAGCCCCAGCACCAUGUAAAUACUUGUGAUCAUAGGAACAAAAAACACUGGGCAGGAAUGGGGCAGAAAUAAAAGGUGCAACUGAAACACAA